AUGGUUGAAUUACUGGACUUCCAGCGACAAGAGAAAGUCGGCGAAGGGACUUAUGGGGUGGUGUACAAGGCCCUUGACACCCGCCACAACAACCGGGUGGUGGCGUUGAAGAAGAUUCGCUUGGAACUGGAGGAUGAAGGGGUGCCGCUGACGGCGAUCCGGGAGAUCUCGUUGUUAAAGGAGAUGAGAGACGACAAUAUCGUCCGAUUAUACGACAUCAUCCACCUGGACUCGCACAAGUUGUACCUUGUGUUUGAGUUCUUGGAUUUGGACCUUAAGAAAUACAUGGAACUGAUCCCUCAAGGCCACGGGCUCGGCGCCAACAUGGUCAAGCGGUUCAUGAACCAGUUGGUGAAGGGGAUCAAGCACUGCCACCUGCAUCGGGUUCUCCACCGUGAUCUUAAGCCCCAGAACUUGUUGAUCGACAAGGAAGGUAACUUGAAGUUGGCUGAUUUUGGUCUUGCGCGGGCGUUUGGGGUGCCGUUGCGGGCCUACACUCACGAAGUGGUGACUCUUUGGUACCGUGCCCCUGAGAUUUUGUUAGGGGGCAAGCAAUACUCUACUGGUGUCGACAUGUGGUCGGUUGGGUGCAUUUUCGCUGAGAUGUGCAACCGCAAGCCGUUGUUCCCUGGUGACUCGGAAAUUGACGAAAUCUUCCGCAUAUUCAGAGUGUUGGGUACCCCCACCGAGGAGACGUGGCCUGACGUGGCGUACUUGCCUGACUUCAAGCCGACUUUCCCCAAGUGGACCAAGAAGAACUUAUCCAGCUUUGUGCCUUCGUUGGACGCCGACGGGGUCGACUUGUUGGAGAAGAUGUUGGUGUACGACCCCAGCAACCGGAUCUCGGCCAAGCGAGCAUUGGUACACCCGUACUUCAACGAAAGUGACUACAUGAGCUAG